AUGGUGGCAUUGUUGGUCUUGAUGUUGAUGCUACUUCCUCAUGUAAUAGCCAAGACUCGCAUUGUUAAAUGCAAUGUCCCUGAUCCACAGCCUCCACUCCAUCAGUAUCAUCAGAAUGGAGACUUCAUCGUUGGUGGAAUCGCCUCUCACAGCAUCAUCAUCUCCAACUCAAUAGCCUUCAGCCAAGAACCCCCACCAGCAUUACCUGAAGAGCUUAAUGUGGUGCCUAAGCAUUACCAGAAUAUCCUGGCCUUGCAAUUUGCAGUGAAGGAGAUCAAUGAAAAUCCUCAGAUUCUACCCAAUGUCACUCUAGGCUUCCACAUCUAUGACAGCUAUUUCAAUGCCAAAUGGACCUAUCAUGCCACAAUGUUACUCACAUCCACACUGGAAACAUUUGUCCCCAACUACAUCUGUGACAUCAAGCAAAACCUUUUAGCCAUCAUUGGGGGACUGGACUCCCAGACUUCCCUUCAAGUGGCAACAAUAUUGGAUAUCUAUAAGGUUCCACAGCUCAUAUAUGGAUCUGCACCACUGAUGAAUGAUAAAACUCCAGGACUUUAUUUCUACCAGAUGAGCCCCAAGGAAGACCUCCAGUAUCAGGGGAUUCUCUAUUUCCUUCUGCAUUUCAGAUGGACAUGGAUUGGGAUCCUUACCAGCAAUGAUGAAUAUGGAGAUAGAUUUGUACAAACUGUAGUUCCACUUUUCUCCCAGAGUGGUAUUUGUUUUGCCUUCACUGAAAGAACUCAGAAAUUCACUUUUAUCACAGAAGUUAAUGCUUUGUUUAACAAGGGGGCAAAAAUUCAUGAUAAUAUAAUUAACAGCAAAGCCAAUGCAGUUGUGGUCUAUGGGGAAUCGUAUGCUGUGCCUUUUUUCAGAUGGUUGCCGUACCUGUCAGAACAAGAACAAAUGUCAAGUAAGCCAAAUGGUAAAGUGUGGAUUAUGACAGGCCAGAUGGAGCUAACAUCAUUUGUGUAUCAAAGGACUUGGGAUACAAACAUACUCCAUGGGGCUCUCUCCUUCACAGCUCAUUCUUGUGAUCUACCAGGAUUUCACAAAUUUGUUGAGAACAAAAACCCUUCUAGCUCAAAAGGAGAUGGUUUUAUCAUGGACUUCUGGCAACAGGCAUUUGGUUGUGUAUUCACAAAUCAAGUUACUGGCAAUGUGAAGGGAGAUAUCUGCACCGGGAAAGAGAGAUUGGAGAAUCUUCCUGGUCCUUUUUUUGAAAUGAGCAUGACCAGCCACAGCUACAACAUCUACAAUGCUGUUUAUGUUGUGGCCCAAGCUUUGCAUGCCAUGUCUACAUCCCAAGUCAAACACAGAUCAAUGGCAGGCUGUGGAGAACUGAAGCUUCAGAAUCAACAGCUGUGGCGGCUCCAUCAUUUUCUGAGGCGUAUCUCAUUUAACAACAGUGCUGGGGACAAGAUUUCCUUUGACCAGAAUGGGGCAAUUGUAGCUGGAUUUGAUGUCACCAACUGGAUUGUUUUCUCAAAUCAAUCCUUUCAAAGAGUGAAAGUUGGGAAGAUUGAUCCCCAGGUUCCUCCAGACCAAGCACUUGCUAUCAGUGAGGAUAUCAUAACAUGGCACAACUGGUUUAACCAGACACUGCCUAAAUCUGUAUGCUCCGACAGUUGUCAUCCUGGUUCUAGCAAGAAAGUGAAAGAGGGGGCGCCAUUUUGCUGCUAUGACUGCACCCCAUGUCCAGAAGGGAAGAUUACAACCCAGGAGGAUAUGAUUGACUGUUAUAAGUGUGAAGACAAAAAAUAUCCAAACAGAAAUAGGAAUUUAUGUAUUCCCAAGAGUACAAGUUUCUUGUCCUAUGAAGACCCUUUGGGUAUCAGUUUAACCUCUUUUGCUCUUUCCUUUGCUUUCAUUACAGCACUUGUGCUGGGUACAUUUAUGAAGCACCAUCACACUCCCAUUGUCAAAGCCAACAACUGGAUCCUGACCUACACUCUCCUCAUUUCCCUCCUUCUCUGUUUCAUUUGUGCAUUGCUAUUUAUUGGCCAGCCUCAGGUGGUGACAUGUCUGCUCCGACAGACAGUUUUUGGCAUAAUCUUCUCAGUGGCUGUUUCCUGUGUGUUAGCAAAAACCAUCACAGUGGUUCUGGCUUUCAUGGCUACCAAGCCUGGAUCCAGGAUGAGGAAGUGGGUGGGGAAAGGAAUGGCAAACUCUGUUGUUCUUUCCUGCUCCAUUAUUCAAGCAGCCAUCUGCACUAUGUGGCUGGUGAUCUCUCCUCCUUUCCCUGAUCUUAGCCUUGAAUAUUAUUCAACCAAAAUUGUAUUAGAAUGCAAUGAGGGGUGUGUGACUAUGUUCUACUGUGUUCUUGGCUACAUGAGCUUCCUGGCAACUGUCAGUUUCAUUGUGGCUUUCCUUUCCAGAAAGUUACCCGACAGUUUCAAUGAAGCCAAGUUCAUCACUUUCAGCAUGUUGGUCUUUUGCAGUGUUUGGUUAUCAUUUAUUCCCUCCUACCUGAGCACAAAUGGAAAACACAUGGUUGCAGUGGAGAUCUUCUCUAUUUUAGCCUCCAGUGCUGGACUGCUGGGUUGCAUCUUUGCACCCAAAUGUUACAUUAUUAUGCUAAGGCCUGAAUUGAACAGCAAGAAACAUCUAAUAAGUAGAAAGGAUUGA